CAAAGAGCAAACAAAGAAUGGGAGAUAACUCCUGAGGUCUCCAGUGGCAUUGACUGUUGGCAUGGCAAUAUGGCAGCAUAAAGAAGCCUGGAUGUGAUUGGCCGAGGCUGUCUGCUACUAUAACAUCCCCACCAUUCAGUGUGCUAUUCUUAUCUGACCAGCACAUGUGUGGGUACUGCUCCUUGCUAGGUUGUGUGGAGGCUGGAACUUUCUCGCCCUCACCUAUACACACAUUUUCACAGGGACAGUUCGACUAUUCUUAUAACUGUGUAUGACGACGUUUGGACAAUGGAUACUCUACCUCUGCAAUCGUUAUUCUUUCUCACCUCUCUCUUACAAUCAUGGACAAUAGUGAGCUGCAAUACAGUGUGGGACCAUCUCUCUCUAAAAUAUGGCUUGUGGUAUCGGCCCCCAAGAACACCAGUGGAGGCAAUGCAAGCAGGAUAUAUUAAAAUGAAUCACAUUUGUAAAAUGGAUACAUACCAUGGAUUUCUAUAUAUGCAAGAAGGAAACUACAUAUCAAGACUAAUAUUUGAUCUAAAUGACAAUUUAGCCGGGAUACAAACAGCGAUUCCUGGUAAUAUGGAGGGGUUCAAUGCACGCAAUGAAACUAUAAAAUUGCCACCAACUGAAGUAAUGCCGCCGAUUCUCCUCAGUCAAGAGCAGAACUACAAGGGAACGCAGAUGUAUAUGAUAACAGCGUACUUCAAGCACCCCAGCCUGAUCUGCAGCCCUUACGCCUACAACGCCCACCCAGGCAAGGGGCUGUACAUCCAGAUGGGCUACAACGUGGAGCACGAGUACGAGAGGAUACCCCUAGAGGCACAUCAUCUUUCCUACGAGUGGAAGCGGGGAAACUGCAUCCCUAAGAUGGGUUUACACUACUUCAAGAAUCUGUCCAAGAACAUGCCCUGCGAGCGCCUGUAUCCGGUGUUCCUGAUGUACAACACCGAGGGUCAACUCGGAGCGUUUGGCUGGAUAUUCCAGGGGGAGCCCAUCAGUCAACUGUACACAGACGAAUUCCGCUGGUUCAAACUGACUCCAACUGUAUACCCGUUUACGUUCGACACAAACAUGCUUCCAUCCUGUAUGUACAACAGCGAGUUCAGCGUGUUUGGAAUCCAUAUAUGGCUCCGUAACGAGGACAAAAUGCUCUGCCCACUACCUACUGUCAUGCCCCAGACGAAACGCCCACCAACGACCUACAAGCCCAAGAAAAUCAGACCAACAGAGAACAAUAUUAUUGUUGACAAAAUUAUUCGUGAUCGAGAAGAACAAUCUAGAAAUGCUGCAAGCAGUGUAACAGCUGACAGUUUAAAUUUUAAAAUCACACUAUGUUUAAGUGCUCUGUACAUGCUGUGUGUAAGGAACUUCUUUUCAAUUCCAUCACCAACAGCGUAUGAUUCAUAGGAUUAUGUGACUGAAAUACAUCAUUUGUUUGAGAAGUUAACAUUGUGAUAUAACGUGUCGGUUGGAUCUUGUAACUGCCUUAACACUACUGUCUUCUACCCUGCAUAGAAGAUCCACAGGAUUUGUAUAGGAUCAUUCUGCAUUCCUACAGGAUGCACACACUAGACCUCCAGGAUGACCAUGAGGUCCUCCUACUGGGUGCACUAGACAUCCACACAAGGUGGUGACAGGACCGUCCAGGGUCUAUUCAAGGAAUCUUUAGGAUCUACUAUGGAUCUCUUCACAAGAUUUGCGUCUUUUGAUAGAUCCAUACAAGGUCUUUAAGCAUCUAUUCACAGGAUUUGGGGUCUUUUGACAGGAUCCAUACAAGUUCUAUUCAUAGGAUUUGGGAUCUUUCGACAGAUCUACACACGGUCUAUUCACAGGAUCUACACGUGGUAGGUUCACAGGAUUUGGGAUCUUUCGACAAGAUCUACACAAGGUCUAUUCACAGGAUCUACACAUGGUAGGUUCACAGGAUUUGGGAUCUUUCGACAAGAUCUACACAAGGUCUAUUCACAGGAUCUACACAAGAUCUAAUCACAGGAUUGGGGAUCUUUCGACAGAUCUAAACAAAAUCUAUUCACAGGAUUGGGGAUCUUUCGACAGGAUCAACACAAGGUUUAUUCACAGGAUUUUGGAUCUUUUGACAGUCAUACAAGGUCUAUACAGGGUCUACUUCAGGAUGCUUAUCGAUCCUCUGAAGGUACAUACAUAAUGUCUACAGUGUAAUUCUCUGGACACUGACAACAGCUGUGUUAUGUCAAAGCAGGAUCACUGACAGCUGUCCAUGAGGAGGUGGACAAGGUAGACAGAGUCCAGACCACAUCUUGAGUAUUCAUACACCAUGUAUCCAAAAGAAACUAGGACAUCAAACAGAACCACAAAUGACCAUACAAAUUCAAGAUUAAGGAGUUAAUAAUUCAACAACGCCAGGGUCACAAUAAAGAGCAUGUUUACAUUAACCAUUUUCGGUCUUGUAUACACAACUGAAUAUGAGGCAAUUGUUUCAACCGAAAAGGUCAACUCAAUCCACUUGUCACAAA